AUGAUAAUCGGUGGCUUCGAAACAACAUUUUCCGGACCCGUUGCACGGUUAAAGGGAAAGUGCACAAUUAUCAUUGAUGGGGGUAGCUGUGAGAAAAUGGUGGCAAAAUCAAUGGUCGACAAACUGGGGUUGAAAAGAAAAGACCAUCCUGAACCCUACCAGCUCACGUGGUUAAAAGAGGGGAAUGUGGUUAAGGUGCGACACAGGUGCCUCAUCCAAUUCAACAUUGGCACUCGAUACUCGGAUGAGGUGUGGUGUGAGGUCAUCCCCAUGGAUGCUUGUCACAUCCUCCUAGGGCGACCUUGGCAGUUCGAUCGGCGCACAAAGCAUGACGGGUACUUGAAUACCUACACAUUCAAGAAAGAAGGGGUAAAUGUUCAGCUAGUACCCCUUGACGUGCAUGCUAUGGGAACAGAAGCCUUGGUUAUUACCAAGUCAGCUUUCUUGGAUUUCACAAGAAACACAAAGCCACCCUUCGUGUUCGCGAUGGUCAUAACAGAAGUCAACAACAGCAUAACCACCAAACUGCCACCUGAAGUACGACUCCUCCUUAGUGAAUUUGCAGAUGUGUUGUCAGAAGAAAUACCCGCAAGCCUUCCAUUAGUUCGCGAGAUCCAACAUUGUAUUGACUUCAUCCCCAGAGUAGUCAUCCCGAAUAAACCAGCCUACCGGAUGAACCCAACCGAGUACGGGGAGCUAUAA